GGGAAUUAGGCCACAUUGCUCACUACCAUCCUACUUUAAUCAAAGUGCCGAUUCUUGAAACAGACAGCUGUUGUCAUGUGCCUUGAUUCCAAUGGCUAUCUGUUCCUGUAGCUGCCCAAGUUCUUAGUUGGCCAGCUGAAGUUGUAGAGGGAACGAGGGUUAACGGCGUCUGCUAAUUUAAACUGCAGUUAGAGCAGUGCUCCUAUUCACAAAACAGCAUAUACCACACUGAUCCAAGGAAAUGUCAUCACUCGCUCCUAAAGAGAAACACUGUAACAGCCACAACGUCGAUGAGAAGCAGUCGAGGAACUCCAUUCUAACUGAAUGGAUUGGUAUGGGGAGAAGCGGACCACUAAUCACGGCUAAACGGCAGCUUUUGGACUGUGUAACGUUGACAAUGGUUUUACUUUCGCUGCUGUUUCGACCAGCCCACUGCCAGCAGUGUCGAAUCCAGCGCUGCAAUGCAGAAUAUGUGGCUUCUACCUCCCCCUCUAGUGGUCUGCAGGAGGACGUGGCUCUGGAUGUAGACUACUGCAUCGCCUUGCGGGCCUAUGCCCUGUGCACCAGGCGGCAGGCACGCAGCUGCAGGGGGGACCUGGUCUACCACUCGGCCGUCUUCCGCAUUAAGGAGUUGUUCUCUCAGCAUAACUGCUCCAGCGAAGGGCCCACGUCCUCCGCCAAGGUCCCCAGUACAUCUCGUCCAGCCGUGUCGGAGCUGUGCGACUACGAGAAUCGGGUCCUCAUGUCGGGCUCUGUUGGUCAGCAGAAGAAAUAUGCCCACUGUGGAUUAUUUGGAGACCCGCACCUACGGACUUUCCGCGACGAGUUUCAGACCUGCAAGGUGGAAGGGGCGUGGCCUCUGAUUGACAACCGCUUCCUGUCGGUGCAGGUGACCAACGUGCCUGUUGUCCUUGGCUCCAGCGCCACGGCAACCAGCAAGAUCACUGUGAUCUUCAAGUCCUUCCAUGGCUGCACAGAUCAGAAGGUGUACCAGGCCACCACAGAGGAUCUGCCGUUGGCCUUCCAGGAUGGGACUCGCAGUGGCGGCGAGAGUGGCAGCCUGACCAUCAUGGAGCGCGGCGGCUCCGGAGUGGGCCGGCAGGUGAAGAUACAGGCCCGUUACAUCGGCACGUCAAUCAUUGUCCGGCGCGUGGGCAGCUACCUGACCUUUGCCAUCCGCAUGCCAGAGGACACCCUGGACUUUUCGGAGGACAACGGCGGCCUGCAGCUCUGUCUGCAUGGCUGCCCACGCAACGAGCUCAUCAAAGAGCACACGCUGGGUCGUCAGAGCCAGCAGCCCCGGCUGCAGGGCACCAACACGGAGCUGGGGCCUCUGCGGCCUCCUCACCAGGUCUACACGGUGGAGCGCGCCACGGCCAGGUGUAGAGAGACUCUGCAGGUGGAGGACGUGUACUUUCAGUCCUGUGUGUUUGACUUGCUGACCACAGGAGACCCUGAGUUCUCCAUGGCGGCCUACGGCGCUCUGGAGGAUUUAAAGGCGCUGCCGCCCAGUAAACUGAAGCAGAAUUCCCCGAGGACUCCUCGUCUUUACAGCCGAGGAGUGUCACACACGACGGCUGCAGCAGCAACCAACAACUCCCUGCUCUCACUCCUACUCCUCAUUCUGCUGCUUUUGUGAACAUUAAAUAGAAAUGAAUUUUUUGUGAAACAUGGAGACAAACCGAACUGGGAAGCAUGACCAGCUUGAGGAAAGAGUGAAUUAACAGACAUAUAUAUUUGACAUCUGUAUUUGUAUUGUUGUUGUUGGGGCAAUUUGUGAAUGUUGUGAUCUUUUUCUGUUUUUGUCAUUUGAAGGAUUUCACACUAAAAUAUGGUAUUGCUUCCCACUUCACAUUUCUGUGGAUUCAUACGUGGGUCACAUCAGUUGAAAAAAGACAGAAAUACAUCAUGUGGUUUGGGGUCCA